AUGUCAGACGCACCAAUCAACCGCCUCAAGGCCUUACUCCUACUGGGAAAGCAGACAUGUCAACGGUUUACUCUUUCCGAGAUUCAAUUGGCAACCAACAACUUUGACGAUACUUUAGUCAUUGGGCGUGGAGGAUUCGGUAAUGUGUAUAAAUGCCGGAUGAAGAUAGGGUUAGUAAGCGAAGUUGCAGUAAAAAGGCUGCACUCCAUGUCCACCCAAGGGGCCCAUGAAUUUGAAGCGGAAGUUAAAGUUCUUUCUAAGCUUGGACAUGAUGGUAGGGUAAGAAGCAAAUCUGUGAUGUCUGAUGUUGCAGUAAGAAGCAAAUUUGUGAUCCCUGAUGUUACAGGAGGAAGCAACUCUGUAAUUUCUGGUGUUGCAGUGGAAAGCAAAUCUUUGAUGUCUGGUGUUGCAGUAGGAAGCAAAUCUGUGAAGCAGGAUGAUAAAGUCCUUAGCAAAUCUGAUUUUAGUGCUCAAAAUAUCCCGAAAUCUACAACUGGAAGUAUCAGAAUAUUUACAUACGAUGAGUUGGUAAGUGCAACAAAUGAUUUCAAAGACAUGGAGCGUUCUCCUACUUCUUAUGGAUCCAUUUACAAAGGUUGGGUUGAUGAAAAGUCAUAUGCACCCACAAAAUGUGGAGUUGGUUUGGCGAUAUAUGUUAGGAAGGAGGAGAUUCUAACCUGGAAGAACCCUUUGGACUUCCAUCUUACAGAUUGGAUACAUGUUAACUAUUUUGAUGCAGCACCAGAUAGAACUCCACUUUCUUGGGCUGCACGAUUGAAAAUAGCACAAGGAGCAGCUAAAGGCCUGUCUUUCUUCCAUCAGAGGAAUCAUCCAGCUUAUAAUAGUUUUGAUGGCAAUCAUAUAUUGGUGGACAGGGUAAUGUACACUGCCUUUGACUUGCUUGCAUUUUGCAUGGAAAAGACAAUUUACUUGCCCCAACUGGCUGCUCUACUUUCAAAAGAGACAAAUUGGAUGGUAUUUUUGGAUCUGUGCCCUGGAGAUGAAUCUGGAGUGCAGAGUGAGAUCUAUGCUUUUGGAGUGGUACUGCUGAAAAUGCUAACAGGGAUGAAGAAGUAUGAUGAAAGGAUACCUCUCCAACAGAAAAAUUUGAUGGAAUGGGCUACUCCAUUACUAGCGAACGAGGUAAAUUUGGGAAUGAUUAUGGAUCCUCAACUUCAACAUAAUGAUCAUCCUCCAAAGGGAGCAUUCCAAUUGGCUCAACUUGUUUUAAAGUGUCUUCAACCAACCCGAGGCAAAAAUUUGUCAAUUGAAGAAAUCUCCCAAGCCUUGUAUCAGUGCUAUAAAAAAGAAAUCACAUCAGUUUGA